AUGUUGUCAGCGGAAAAAGCCCAGGACGAAGCCAGUCUCUCGACAGACAGCGGCAGAGGAGUCAGCGCUGCGACAGCCGUCCCACGCGAAACCGGAAUCCUCGCCAAACUACGCCGAUUCGAAGAGCGAUUAGAUGCGAAACUAGGCAUUGAAUCCGAAGCCAUCAGUCGCAAACUGCCAGAAGACAAGGGCGACGUGCCAUGGCACCACCAGCUCAACAUGUUCUUCCUCUGGGCCUCGGGCACAAUGAACACGUCUUGUUUCGCGACGGGGUUCCUCGGGCACGAAUUUGGUUUGACGCUUCGCCAGAGUAUCGUCAUCACCAUCUUCGCGUCUAUCCUUGGUGGCGCGGCGACAGGGUUCGCCGCCACUUUCGGUGCGCCGACUGGGCUGAGGCAGAUUUCCAUGUCGAGAUAUGCGUUUGGGUGGUGGCCUAACAAGGUUAUUGCUGCUCUUAACACUAUUGUGCAGAUUGGCUGGGCGUCUGUGGCUUGCAUCACGGGUGGUUUGGCACUGACUGCUGUGGCGGAUGGCCAUAUCUCGCUGAUUGUCGGUAUCGUCAUCCUGGCAGUGGUGGCUACGCUCAUCUCCUUCGUCGGUCUUCGAGCUAUUUUGGUGUACGAGCGCUACGCGUGGUUCGUCUUUUUCAUCAUCUUCAUCAUCUUCUUUGCCGAGACGGGCAAGUAUACCGACAACAGCAAUACGCCUAAGCUGAAGGGAGCGGACCUCAGUGGACAGGUUUUGAGCUUGAUUGCUAUCGUCUACGGUAGUUCUGCAUCGUGGCAGACCAUGGCAUCCGACUACUACGUUCAUUACCCCGUCAACGUCUCCCGCUGGAAGGUCUUCCUCAUGACCACCUUUGGUAUCGCUAUUCCUACUUCGAUCGGCAUGCUGGCCGGCUGCGUCGUGUCAUUCGGCAUGAACAACCGACCAGACUGGGAAGAAGUGUACGACAACGACGGCCUGGGCUUCCUCAUCCAAACCAUGCUCUACCCACGCGGUUUUGCGAAGCUGAUUCUCACUCUUCUGGUUCUUUCCGGCAUCAACGUAAAUGUCAUCUCCAUCUACAGCGCCGCCAUCUCUUGCCAGCAAUUUUCCCGUCCUUUUGCGCGCGUUCCCCGCUUCAUCUGGAUCCUGGUCUGUUUCGCGGCCAUCCUUGGUCUCGCUAUUGGUGGCCGUGAGCAACUGAGUGUCUACCUGCAGAACUUCCUUAGUCUGCUCGGCUACUGGACUACUCAGUACUUUGUCAUUCUCUGCAGCGAGCAUGUCAUCUUCCGCCGUAUGAACUUCGAAAACUACGAUCUGGAUGCGUGGAAUGACCCCAGUCGCCUGCCGUUGGGUAUCGCCGCUGGCACCGCCUUCGCCGUCGGGAUCGUCGCGUGGAUCCUUGGCAUGGUCGAAACGUGGUAUGUCGGUCCACUAGGUGGGCUCAUCGGAGCUGAUGGUGGUGACGUUGCGAAUGAGUUCACAUUCGUUGUAACUGCCCUUGUGUACAUACCUGCGCGCUAUCUUGAGAAGAAGAUUGUUGGGAGGUAG